AUGAGUUUAAUUAAAGGAAGAUACUCAGCAAAACAGAUAGUGGGGAAACCCAAUGUUUAUCCUCGCUAUGGUGAUUCCCAAGGGACAUGGACACAGGCAACUGGUCAACUAAAUGAGAACCAAUUUAUACAGGUCAGAUUUCCAGAAAAGGUUUGGAUAACUGAGGUUAAUAUAUAUGAAACGUAUAAUGCCGGAACUGUGAAGAGAAUUUUGGCGAAGAAUAAAGAAAACCAGUGGGAAGAAAUUUUUGCGGUUUCCCAUGUACACCCAAUCAUGAUCAGAAAGGCUAGGAAAUUCUCCCCCAAAAUAAAAAAAGUGAAUUUUCCUGUGAACGAGCUGAGAAUAGAAGUUGAUUGUUCUGUUUCUCCCUCUUGGGUAGAAAUCGAUGCAGUUGAAAUCGUUGGAGAGUCUCUGAAGGGUCCCAGCUCCAGAUAUGUUCGGAUUUUAUAUUCUUGA